UAUGCCGUAUUCCCAAUUUUUGAUGCGAUUGUAGGCUCGGUCGAGUUCGGGAGUGAUACAGAUGAAGUGAGGUUCGUGUUUCUGCAAGGAAAAGACCUUGUUGAUGAAGGGUAGUGAAUCAACCAUACCAUAGAAGCAGUUGGCCCACAAGAAGGGAAACCUUAUCUGGAUGCAACCAAUGGAUUGGCUAGCUCAAUUACACCUAAAUCUUCAUUUUUCCAAAUGAGGUUUUCCUCACAUCUUCACUUGACUGGAAGAGUACAACGUCUCUUCUAAGUGACAGAGAGAUAAUGGCGCAUUCGCUAGCGUCGCCGCCACCUACCACUGCUGCAGCAACAUCAAUCUCAACAGCAGCGGCUAAAAAGACCACUCUUUUCCGGUCAGUGGGAUUCCAAAACGUCUGGGCUUCCGAUCAAGUUUCCGAUGACUCCAAUGCUGCGAACAAUAAUCUCGUUCACAGGAGGAAUGUGGGUUUGGGUUUGGCGGGCGCUGUACUGAGCUUCACUGUGGGCGACCCAAAUUCAAGUGCAAAUGCGGCAGCCAGAAGGCCUCCACCGCCUCCGGCGGAGGAGGAGAAGGAGAAAAAGGACCCGAACGUCAGUGGUGUUUUAGCGAAAGUCCUAGCUAGCAAAAAGAGGAAGGAGGCCAUGAAACAAUCGGUGGCCAAGCUAAGAGAGAAAGGAAAACCGAUCCAAGCGCCACCUGAAUAGUUUCUUUCUUUCUUUCUUUCCUUCUGAAAUUGAGUACCGCACUUUGCAGUUGUUUGUCAUCCUUUCUUCCUUUAGGGGAUACCAAUAUUUUACGAAUCAAAGAGGGGCUUGUUUUGAUGUGCA